UGGUUUCAUGAAGAUUGAGGUGGUAGUGUACAAGAACUACGUACCCUUAGUUUAGGUAAAGGUAGUGCAGGAGACAGCUGUGAGAGAAACGCUGCUGCUGUGAGUUUGUUCGUCGAGCACUAGUUUACAUUUUAGUUAAAGACAUUAACAUCGUUUGUAACCGAUCACCGGCUCCGUAACCGACGGCUGUUUCGACACAUUGACGUUAAAGAGAGGAGCUAACAUAAUCUGCGCUUUCCUGAAGUUGACUGACUGUCGAGUUGGCAGAGAUGUUUCAGAUAAAGAAGAUCUGCUGCAUUGGUGCUGGGUAUGUAGGAGGCCCAACAUGUAGUGUGAUCGCCAACAUGUGUCCAGAGAUCACAGUGACCGUCGUGGAUGUCAAUGAGUCCCGCAUCAAAGCCUGGAACUCGGACACUCUGCCCAUAUAUGAGCCGGGUCUGAAAGAGGUGGUUGAAUCAUGCAGAGGGAGAAAUUUGUUUUUCUCUACAGACAUAGACUCAGCCAUCAGGGACGCAGACCUCGUCUUUAUCUCGGUGAACACCCCAACUAAGACCUAUGGGAUGGGGAAGGGUCGUGCGGCUGAUCUUAAGUUCAUCGAGGCGUGUGCCCGACGGAUUGUGGAGGUAUCGGAUGGUUACAAGAUUGUCACAGAGAAGAGCACCGUCCCGGUUCGAGCUGCUGAGAGCAUUAGGCGGAUAUUUGAUGCCAACACCAAGCCCAGCCUCAACCUACAAGUGCUGUCCAACCCAGAGUUCCUCGCAGAAGGAACAGCAGUGCGGGAUCUGAAGGAGCCAGACCGUGUCCUGAUUGGUGGAGACGAAACAGCCGAAGGUCAAAGGGCAAUCAGAGCGCUGUGUGCCGUCUAUGAACACUGGGUCCCCAAAGCACGCAUCAUCACCACCAACACGUGGUCGUCCGAGCUGUCCAAACUGGCAGCCAAUGCAUUCCUGGCACAGCGCAUCAGCAGCAUCAACAGUAUCAGUGCUCUCUGUGAGGCCACCGGGGCCGAUGUGGAGGAGGUUGCCAAGGCAAUCGGUAUGGACCAGAGAAUAGGCAGCAAGUUUCUCAAAGCCAGCGUAGGUUUUGGUGGAAGCUGUUUCCAGAAGGACGUGCUGAAUUUGGUGUACCUGUGCGAGGCCCUCAACCUGCCCGAAGUAGCCUCCUACUGGCAGCAGGUGAUCGACAUGAAUGAGUACCAAAGGCGGCGCUUUGCCUGCAGGAUUAUUGACUGCCUCUUCAACACUGUUACUGGUAAAAAGCUUGCUCUGCUGGGCUUCUCCUUCAAAAAAGACACAGGUGACACAAGGGAGUCUUCCAGUAUCUACAUCUCUAAGUAUCUGAUGGAUGAGGGAGCCAAGCUGUUCAUCUAUGACCCCAAAGUUCUCAAGGAACAAAUAAUUCAUGACCUCUCCCAGCCCAACAUCUCAGAGGACAACCCAGAAAGAGUGUCAGAGCUGGUGACUGUGACCUCAGACCCUUACGAGGCCUGCCAGAGUGCACACGCAUUGGUCAUCUGCACUGAGUGGGACAUGUUUAAGGAGCUGGACUAUGAAAAGAUUUACAAGAAGAUGCUGAAGCCGGCCUUUAUAUUUGAUGGUCGCAGAGUGCUGGACCACCUCCACCCUCACCUCCAGAACAUUGGCUUCCAGAUCGAGACCAUCGGUAAGAAAGUGAUCGCAACACGAAUUCCCUACACUCCGGCAGCUGCUUGUCCUCGCAUCGCUGCCAGUGAACCUCCCACCAAGAAAGCCAAAGUCUAAAAACUCCCUUCAGCUCCUCAUAAACAACAUGCAACACAUUCCUCUCUUAACCUUUUUAUUGCUGGUACACGCCUAAUUAUCGAAAAAGGCCAAAACAGUGUGACUAACUGCUCCCCUGCAGUGGGUCUGAGGGGAAGAAGUUGAGCCUUCAGUCCAAUAUAGUGUGAAUGUGAUCCAUGAAUGUGUUCGAAUCUUUGGAAGAUGUUUAUUGGUAAACCAUCAACAAACUGUUCAUUUUAUACAUUUCAUUUGUCAACCAAACAUUUCAGAUGCAGCCAUAGAUGCACCGUCCAUGUUCUAUUCCAAAUGAACACUUUUAUUGUGAGUCUACUUUCUGACAGUAUUUACUAGAUAAUCAAGUAGUGUUGCUAAAUUGCAAAACAAUUUUAUACUAUUUU